UCCCUCUUUCUCCAUCCUUUUUCGCGCCAAGAGAUCCAAUCCUCACAACCAAACAGACCUCUUCACAUUUCCCAGUAAUUCCAUUUUCCAUUUCCACUACCAAGCUUCUUCCUUUUUCCAGCACACAAGCAAUGGGAGCUCAAAAAAUCAAAACCCUUCCUCCAAAUCCACACUCCUUCGAAACCCUAUUCUCCUCAAUCCAUUCCCCACAGGAUUUCACCAAAUCGAUCUACUUUCUCUUAUUCAACUUGUCCCUAAACGCACGACUUCACCAUUCCGAUUUCGAAGCCGUGUACGGACUCUCUCAAACAUUUUUGUUCGAAGAUCUCGAUCGGCGAUUCAAGCAGCUCUUCGUCUUCGGUCGAAAUCAGAUAAGAGCUUCAUGGACUGCAAUUUUCCAAAAUCUAUUGACUUCCAUGGAUACAAGUAACCCAUCUUCUUCAAGCCAUCAAUGGAAAUACCACGUCUUUCUAAGUUUCAGAGAUCCAUCUGAGGUACGCAAACUGAUGGGAAGUUAUGCAGAAGCCUUCAUUGAAUAUGAAAAAAAUUUCGAGAAGAAUAUAAAUAAAGUUCACACUUGGAAAGCUACUUUGACAAAAGUGGCCAAUCUCGCUGGAUUUUCUUUACAGGAUAGGCAUGAGUCAGAAUUUAUCCAAGAUAUUGUGAAAAUGAUAUUAAAUAAAUUAAGUUACACAUUCCUGAAAGGUACCAAAGAUUUAGUAGGAAUAGAUUCUCGAGUGGAGGACCUACUGCCUCUUUUAGUUAUAGGAUCAAAUGAUGUUCGCAUUAUUGGGGUUUGGGGGAUGGGGGGAAUUGGAAAGACAACUUUUGCUAGAGUUGUUUAUCAAAAUUUUUUUGAGGAAUUUGAAGAUUGUAGUUUUAUCACUAACAUUAACAUUAGUGAAGAAUCUAAAAAAUAUGGUAUACCUCACCCACAAGAUGUUAAUGAUAAAGUUCUUAUGAUCAAGAAUAGGUUAUAUAACAAAAGGAUUCUUCUUGUUCUUGAUGAUGUACAUCAAUUCGAUCAAUUAGAAAAGUUGGCUAGGGAGCCUAAUUGGUUUGGUCUAGGUAGUAGAGUUAUCAUCACAAUGAGAGAUAAGCAUUUGUUGACAAGGCUAAAGGUAUAUGGAAUAUACGAGGCUAAAGGAUUGAGUAACGAUGAUGAUCUUCAGCUUUUUAGUUUGAAUGCUUUUAGCAAUGAUCAUCCGGCCAAAGAUUAUCUAGAGUUGUAUAUACAAUUCGUAAAUUAUGCUAAAGGCCUUCCUCUAGCUAUUGAGGUUUUGGGUUCUUUUUUGAUUAAUAGAAGUACGAAGGAAUGGGUUAGUACAUUAGAUAGGCUCAAACAAUUUCCUGAAAAAAAAAUUAACAAUACACUUCAAAUUGGUUUUGAUGGACUUGAGGAUACGGAGAAGGAAAUAUUUAUACAUAUUGCAUGUUUCUUUAACAUGAAGAAUAAAGACUAUGUAGUGAAAAUACUUGAGUGUCUUGGCCUUCACCCUGACAUUGGAAUAAGGAUUCUCAUUGAAAAGUCUCUCUUAAAAGAAUAUGAAAAUAAACUUUGGAUGCAUGAAUUACUACAAAUAAUGGGUCAAGACAUAGUUCGUCGAGAUUUUCCUCAAGAACCUAGAAAGUGGAGCAAAUUGUGGUUAUAUGAAGACAUUCACAAUGUUUUGAUGAAAAAUAUGGGAACAGAAGCUAUUAAAGGCCUAGUCCUAGAUCUUUAUAUGGUGACUGAAUUGGGUGAACUGCAUAAAUCCAAAGAGGCAUAUUGGAACCCUGAUGCCUUUUCAAAGAUGCCCAACCUUGAAUUGCUUAUAAUUUAUGGUGUUCACCUUGUGCAUGGCCCUAAAGAAAUUCCUAAUGGCUUAAGAUUUCUUGAUUGGAUUGAGUAUCCUUCAAAAUCUUUGCCAUUAAGUUUUCAACCGGAUAAGCUUGUUGAACUUCACGUGUCAUAGCAAAGUUGAACAACUUUGGAAAGGAAAAAAGUACUUGGACAAAUUAAAGUUCAUCGAGUUGAACAAUUCCUUAAGCCUCAUUGAAACCCCUGACUUUACCGGAGUUCCCAAUCUUGAGAAAUUCGUUGUUAAAGGUUGUAUAGGAUUAAUUAAGGUUCGCCCAUCUGUUGUGGUUCAUAAAAGGCUUACUCUUCUUGAUCUAGAAGGUUGCAAAAACCUUAGAAGUCUUCCAAAAAAGUUUGAAAUGGAGUCUCUUGAGAUUCUUAAUCUUUCUAAUUGUUCCAAAAUUAAGAGAAUUCUAGAAUUUAUGGGAAACAUGGAAUGCUUGUCAAAACUUCACUUAGAUGGCACCGCUAUUACAAAACUUCCCUCUUCAGUUGAGCAUUUGACUAACCUUGCUGUAUUACAUUUAAGGGAUUACAAGGAACCUACAGAGGCAACCAUUAGUACUUUUAUUCCUGGAAGUGAAAUUAUGGAAUGGUUUAACCAUCAAAGUAUGGGGAAUAUGGUAAAAUCACAAGUUACUUCUUGGAAACAAAAUGUGAAUAUACAAAUGCCUAUUCAUUCAUGUAAUAAGUGGAUGGGAAUGGCUGCUUGUGCUGUUUUUUCACCCCUUGAUCUUUAUCCGAAAAAUUACAGUUUCUUUAAAAAAUGUCAUAUUAUUUGUUACAUUGAAGUUGGUGUAGGAGAGCUGGCAAAAUUGAGCAUUAACUAUGUUCAGAUUUCAUCACAUCACCUUUGGCUACUCUAUUUUCGCCUUGAAUUUUUUGAUGAGAAUGCGAGAGCAGUAUUGAGUCAAAUUGAUGAGAAUGAAUCCAUUCAGUUGGAAGUUAGAUUUCAAUUUUCUAGGGAGUCAGACUUGGAAUUUGAGAAAUGUGGGUUUCAAAUGGUAUACGAGCAAGACAUGGAUGAUAUCAGAGAACUGGCUUACCCUAGCAACAUUAGUUGCAUCACUUCUUAUGAGGACGUAGAUGCUCAACAUGAUUUGGACAAUUCAAUGUUGGUAACAGAAGGUACUAAAAUUAUGUGAAGCCAUGACGAAUGCGAUGAGGCUGGACCUAGUGGUGAAAGUAGCUCUAAUGACGUACCACAUUUGAAGAGGAAUCAAACAUAUAUAAAGGAAGAAUAGGUCAUUGUAACUCUGAUUGCCUGGUUCAUUCUAUUGAAGGUGGUUCAAGACUGGUUGUUUGGCUUUAUUCGAGCUAUCCUGGGGGGUUGACAUCUUAUAUUAAAACUGCCAAUGAACUAUUGGCAGAUUCAAAAGCAGGAUAGAACUCUGUCUGUGGCUUCACACCUUCUGAUAGAAGACACAGAUGAUCCAGAAAUAAAUUUAUUGGUCAACAGAAUACAUUUUGGCAAAAUGUUUGCCCCUCACAGAAAACUCACAAAGCAAAGCAUCCUUAUCUUGUGAUUCUCUAUGCAUUUGAACUCGCUCCAUCAACAGUAACAAAGCAAACCUCUCUCUCUCUCCCUCUGUUUCCGUUCUCUUAUGUUCAAUUUUCUUUGUCUAUUUUGAACUAAUCUUUGCUUUGUUGAGUAUGUCGGCCUCAGUCACUCAUCAUCUGCACGCUCCAGUGGUUUGUCACUCUUCGCUCUCUCACUCUAUUUGUGACUCAAGCAGUUGCAAGUAGUGUCUCUGAAAGAUAUAUAGUCUACAAGGUCACUUGCGAUGGUCCCUCGCUACUUUGCUAUGCUAUCUUUGGUUUUGUUAUUCUUGGAAAUGAAAUUCCGAAAUGGUUUAGUCAUUAGCAUUUGGGGGCUAUAGUGAAUGUACAAGUGCCUGCUUGUUCGUGGAAUAAGUGGUUUGGAAUGGCUAUGUGUGCUCUUUUUACAAGCCCCGAUCUUCAUUCAAAUAAUCAUGGUUUACUUGACCUGCAACUUUUUUGUCAGAUUCUAGUCAAUAAACAUGAAGGUGCAACUGUUUUUGAAACCUAUAGUGUUAUAUUUAUUCAGACUGAAUCACCUCACCUUUGGAUGUUUUAUCUACCCCCUCAAAAUUUUGAUGAGAAUAAGGGAGUAGUAUCAAGUAAAAUUGAUGAGAAUGGAUUCAUUGAGAUGGAGGUUAAUUUUAAUGAUCCUUCCUACCAAAACAUUGAGGUUGAGAAAUGUGGAUUUCGUCUACUAUAUGAGCAAGACAUCGAAGAUAUCAAGGAAAUGAUGGCUCAAUCCAGCAACAACACCUGCCUAACUCCUAAUCAGUGUUUGGAUGUUUAUCAUGAUUUUGACAAUUCAAUAGAGGUACUAAAAUUAAGUGAAGUCGUGAUGAGUAUGAUGGGGCUGGACCUAGUGAUGAAGGCAGCUCUAAUGAUGUCCCACACUCAAAGAAGAUUCCAAGAUAGAGAAUUUAUGGCUCAUGCUAACUCUGAUUGCAAGAAUUCAUAUGAAGGUGGCCUAGGACUUGUAAGUCAUCGUUAAAUUGACUCUGCAGCUACCUAUUGGGCAUGCAUAUAAUUUUAUCUUUUUGUCCAAUUUUAACU